AUGGCCAUUACUCCCACAGAGUUCGCCAAGCGGACGGCGCAAUCGGCCAAUUGGGCGGAUGCAAAGAGGAGGGUUCUGUCGUCAUACCGGGAAUGGCUUCGAGCUGCUCCAGAGAUCCAAACUAUGUACUCGGUUACGCACCCAGUUUCGACCAUUAGGACCCGGAUACGACAGGAGUUCGAGAGGCACCGAUACGUGAACAAGCUCAGCGUGGUGGACGUGCUCUUGUUCCAGAGCGGCGCAGACUACCAGGAGACCAUGAACUUUUGGCGCCAGACCACUCACAUCAUGUCGUACUUCCCGGAGGAGAACUUCAGGGGAGAGAAGAGGCUACCGAAGAGUUUCAUGGAGGGGUUCCUGGAGGGCCGCAACUAG